UUAUGUGACACAUUAAUGGCUUAAGAACAUAAAGGGUUUCAUAGACGUAGCUUUGCUUUAAUAGCGUCUCUUCAGACGUCUUUACAUUCUAUAUCUUGAAAGAUUCGUUAAGAUGAUUUUGGUGCAUCUUGAAAAUGUUCCUUUUCCACAGUAAUCAAAUCAGGAAACAAAACAGCUGAAAUGAGAGCAGCUCGACCAGCCAAGCAGACAAUCUCUCAAAGACCUAAUUUGCUUUCAAUUUUAUUUUCUCUUGCCUGUAAAUAAUACUGGCUCUUGAGUCAGUGUGUGAAAACCUGAUAGGUGAGGGAAGGUGAGGUGGAAAGAACCUUUUAGGAGGAAAACUGUCUCUACAAACCUCUGGCUGGGUGAGAGGACAGGUAUUCCCCUGGAAGGAGUCGGUUAGUCCUGUUAGAGGACAAAUUAACAACUCAAGGUGCAACAUUUACCUAAAUCUACAGUCAUGUGAUUUGGCAUGAUGACAGAAAAUGGUUUCAGACACAGGAACAUAUAGUGAGAGUAUUCCACCAUUCACAUGAACGGGUGAUUGCGUCUUACAGGACACACCUUGCCCACGAAGGGAACCUGUUAAAUGAUCACGGGCUUGAUCAGGUCUCUAUGCCCCUGACUUACAUUUAAAGAAGGCCAUGCCCAAACUGGAAAAAUUGAAGGAGCUUAACCUUCGCGCUCUCCUGAGGGAGCUUCGUACAGACAUUGCAAUGGCUGUGGAUGACCCUUUCCCUCUGGUCUACGGUUUGGCAGACAAAAACAUCAUCACUGAGCAACUGCUGAAGGAAACUCUUGCAAAAGAACGAACUGAAGGGAUCCAUAAGGCCAUGUACUCCAUGUUGUCCUGGGUUUUGGAGAGGAGCAAAUCCACAAUCCAGUCCUUCUGGAGCAACUUAUCCAAAGACUACAACACCGAGAGCUACCCCAAGCUGCAGACGCUGUUGGCUAACCUGCAUUCCAGAAGUAAAGCUGCAAGUUUCAAAACUGAAAACGGAUCAUCCGGAGUUUCUCACAGCAAGAAAAGGAGCCAUGAAAACAGUGAGACAAACUCCCGCUAUCUUGCCAAGACAAGCAAUGCAGGAAGUAAAGUGAAGCUCUACAGAGUAAAGACUGAGGCUCCGAACCUGAAGCUGCCAACAGGAAAUAUAAAAGAAGCUAAAACAGUUAAUCCUGCAGGCAAACAGGGGGGACCUUCAUCAUUCCAGGGAGGGAAACCUUUGGCCUCCUCUACUGAUUCAAGAGUCAGCUCAGAAAAAAAAGAGAUUUUACAGAUCAAGCAAGAACACAGCUUUGGUGGUUCCAACAGAACGAACAUUAAAGUUGGUGAAGGCUUUUAUUCUAGUGGCUUGAAGGAGGAGAUGAACGCAGAAAUGCCAGAAUCUGCCACGAACGCAUUUCGCCACCAGGGAGAGACAACCACAAGCAUGGUGAUUCAUUGUAAUGAUGACGAGUGUGCGGUGUGUAAGGAUGGGGGAGAGCUGAUUUGCUGUGACGGCUGUCCUCGGGCCUUUCAUCUGACAUGCCUCAACCCUCCUCUCAUUUCCAUACCCAGUGGCUCUUGGCAGUGUGAGCGGUGCCGUGGAUUUACAGUGAAAAGUGAAAAAGCGUUACUCCCUUUAGAAGCUCUGUCAGGCCAGCUUCAGCAAGAAAACAAAGCAUCCAGUGACUCCAUCACAGACAUUUCCUUCUACUCCUCAAACAGCUCUGCCCUUCCGCCCUCUAUGAGUGCAUCAAGCAGCAAAGCCCAGUGCUCAGGUGAAGAGCUGAUGGUUAUAAGGGAAGAAUGUGGCAUCUGUCACCUUGGAGGAGGAGACUUGUUGCACUGCCUUCAGUGUUUUCAGGGUUUCCAUGUGCGCUGCCACUUCUCCAAGGGGUCAUCAAUCUGUUUGUCAUGCUCCAGACUGUGGAGCAGCUCUGCAGAGAAAGAAGCUGAGCUCAGAGGCUUGCAGGUGGAUCUGCACUUAUCCAGAAGAAAACUUGCACCGGCAGCUCAGAACACAUGCACUCAUGAUCAAAGCACCUCCAUCUCUGAGGCAAUGGUUAAAAGAGAUGACGUGGAUUCCAUGAUGACAGAGCAAAACUCCAUCGAUGGCAUCUUGCAGUGGGCCUUACAAAGCUUCUCCCGGCCUCUUCAGGACUCCCAGGGUUGUUUCCAGUGAGAGACAGCCGAGCAUGUGACAUCUAAAUGAUCACAACUGAAGAGUGUAUGAAAUGUCAAAAAUAAUGACACACCCUCCUCUCCUACUCACUUAAACUUAUAAGCUUUCAAUUGUUUUUAUGUCCACUGCUUUUAAUGUCUUUUAAUUUUUUGCCAAUAUCCACUGAUUUGGAUUGAAUAUUUAUAUAUUUAAUGUAAUUUUACGUCUCAGCAGUCCAUUUAGCACAGGACCUGACAGAGAAGCUAAUCUUGAGACAUCUAUUUUUUUUUUAAUGAAAAACAAUUGUUAACCAUUAAGUCUCAGCUGUAAAGAAUGAAGGGCAUCUUAAAAACGUAACAUUAUUUUUGAAUUAAGCAUCACUCCAUCAUAGCGUCACAUUUUUCCAGUGUCUCAGUGUGGUUUCACAGCAUUCCUGAAGAGGACUGCGGGUCAGUGCUGACGUGGGACAUUUGGCAGAGGGUCAAAGCAUAACUGCCUCGUCCAGACUGGGUCUUCAAAAUGAAAUUACAUAAACUGCAUGUCACGCUCAUAAAUCUAUAAAUCAGUACAGAGCUUCUUUUCAUGCUGGAAAAGUCGAUACCGUGGAUUGGUUCUGAGAACCACAGAAAAAUGUGUGGAAACUUCUGAGAAUGCACUUUUUCUUUUGUUUAGAUCUGCAAGAAAAAUCACAUUCACACACUGCACCAGAUGGUUUCAAUAUACUGAGGUAUGCCCCCUGAGAAAAGCCUCUGUUUAGUAGAAAUUCCUUGAGGGCUGUAUCACUUAGAUGAGGAAUGUUGUUUUUGCAAUUCAUGAGUUUUUACCACGACUGCCAGCAAGAUGGAGCUCAGCCAGGCGCUGCAAAAAAAAAUAAAAAA